GAGCCCAGCAUAGGUGCCAGGAGGAUAUAAAGCCGGGGUGGCAGAGCCAACCUCAGCCUAUAUGACAGGUCUAUAGGUCAGCUCUGGACCUACACAAGGAUUUAACUAAACAGAAUCAGAGGAACCAACACUAGUCUGUCAUACCAGCGCUCCAAACCCAUAGCUGCAGAUUGCUUCUGAUACUUAGACAGUCUCUAGGCCCUGACCAGAGGACUGAAGGACCUCAGUAUUCCUUUUCUGUAGUGUUUGACCUGUAGAAGCCAGGAGGUGUGAGGAGCCUGUAUUUACAGCCAGUCUGAUGGAGAAUGAUGCCUAUGACAGGAUCGGGGACGAACCCCCUAACUACGAUGAGACGUCUUUCUCCGGUCGCAGCACCUCUAACGGUAAUGGGACCGGUAACGGAGAGCACCGGGCCGUCCGUCCGUCCGUGGUCAGUGCGUUUGGUCAUGACACGCUGGACCGCGUGCCCAACAUCGACUUCUACCGGAAUGCUGGGAGUGUGAGCGGUAACCGUGCGGUCCGACCGUCCCUGCAGGAGCUCCACGAUGUCUUCCAGAAGAAUGGAAGGAUCUCAGUGACGAACACGGUGGAGGACAGAGAGGGGAGCGACGGGACGCCGUCGGACGAUGUCGAGUCUGUCAUUCCCCUGGACAACAAAGAUGGAACCGUGAGGUUCGGCUGGAUAAAGGGAGUCCUGGUUAGUAGAGAUGGGUUACUGUCAUGAGAACUUUGUAAACUG